GAUGGCAGAUAAGGUUCUUUGAGUCCAAUAUACUUAAUUUAUGUUUCCUUUUAUUAUGAUUAUCGCCAUAACAUCACCUUGCCGUGCCCAACCUUUUCCUAAGUAAUGUAAAAAGUUUCAAAGAUAUUACCUACACGGAUAACAGGAUUUUUCAACAAAACAUGACUAAAAUGAAAAGUGAUGAAGUCGUCAAGAACAAAAUGGAAAUAAACAGGAGGAUCCAAACUGAGUACCUGAUAAACAAUAUACUUGAUAAAGAUUUCCAAGCCAUGUUGUUUCCUCUAAACCUUGUACAGUCUUGCUUUUUAAUGUCUAGUUUCAGCAUCAUCAACAAUUUCAUCACUCCUGACAACCACGUGUCCUUUUACAUAAAGUCCGUAAUCGGUUGCUUGCUCAAGACUUGCAAGAACGUGCUGCGGCUGAACCGCGCGUCGCCGCUCAAGAUGUCGGCGUUCGGCAUGUUCGAACUCGACGCAACGUUCCCGCUGCGGCUGUUCAGCGUAAUCGUGACGUACACCGUCGUACUGCUGCAGUUUGCCUUUUUAUUCUAG